AUGGGCGGAACGGCAGCUACGCGGUCCGCAAUCCUCUGGUGCUCGGCCAUGAGGCGGCGGGGCGAUGUGGUCGCGAUGGGCAGAGAUGUGACAACGGUCAAAGUGGGUGAUAGGGUGGCCAUCGAGCCGCAACGGCCGUGUGCUUCCUGCCGGCAGUGCAAACAGGGCACCUACAACCUCUGUCCCGACCUCAAGUUCAGCGGCUCUGCGACCGCAGACCCUCCGGUCCAAGGAUCGCUUCAACAGGUGUACAACCAUCCUGCCAGUUUCGUGUACCGGCUUCCGGACCACGUCUCCUAUACCGAAGGCGCCCUAGUCGAGCCUCUUUCCGUCGCCAUUCACUCUGUCCGACGGUCCGGGCUACAAGCCGGGCAGUCGGUGCUGAUCUUCGGCGGUGGGGCCAUUGGCCUGCUCUGUGCCAGUGUCGCGAGGGUGUCCGGAGCGUCGACCGUGGGCGUCAUCGACAUUGACCAGUCCCGUCUCAACCAUGCAAAGUCGCACGGGCUGGCGGACCAUGUUUUCAAGAUGCCCCCCCUGUCACGAGGGGAGGAUUCGGACAAUGUAUCUGCCAAGUCCACGUGGGCCGCUGCAGAGCUGGCCGAAGAGAUACUGCAACGCCCCGGGUUCGCGUUGGCGGAGAAAGUGUUCGAGUGUACGGGUGUGGAACUGUGCGUCAACGUCGGCAUCCAUUGCGCCGCCCCGGCUGGCAAGGUGGUUCUGAUUGGUAUGGGGAACCCUCUUCAAAAAGUCGACCUUGGAGCGGCCGCGAAGCGCGAGAUCGACCUGCUGGGACUCUGGAGGUACGCUAACACCUUCGAGACCGCCAUAGACCUUUUGGCGUCGCGACGCCUGCAGGUCAAAUCGCUCGCCACGCAUCAGUUCGAACUCGACCGUGCGACCGAUGCUUUUGAUCUGGUUUUGCAGAAGCCGCCAGGAUUGGUCAAAUGCAUCAUCACGUCGAAAUAG